GCACGGGGUGAGGCUGCAGCCAACUCCGCUCCCCACGUACUCGGCUGUCCAGGCGCUCCGGACGCAGCAGCGGCGCUUCUCCGCGGGGCCGACCGCCCGCGAUGUCCGCUUAGGAGCGGCGGCAGCGGCCAGCAUUGCCACACCCGCGGCGUAGCGCUCCCAGCCGUGGAGCGGGGCUAGAGGGCGAACCCCUGCGCCAGCCCCCACCCCGCCCCCCCCACCCUGAAAUGACUUGUUAAUCGGCGCAGACACCACCGAAGGGAUUGCCGGAGUGGAAUCCAAGUGGAAUUUGGAUUUUGAGAAGAGUUUCUUGAACAUUUACUCCCUUCUUGUUGGUUUCUUUCUUUCUUUCUUCCUCUCCCCUUCUCCGCCUGUCACUGGAGAUGAAUACAGCGCGUUUGCAUCCCAGAAAGUAGUCGCCGCGACUGUUACCCCAAAGAGGCAAGCACACAUGUAGGAAUGACAAAGGCUUGCGAAGGAGAGAGCGCAGCUCGCGGCCCGGAGAGAUCCCCUCGAUAAUGGAUUACUAAAUGGGAUACACGCUGUACCAGCCCGCUCCGAGCCCCGGCCGCCUGCCCGUCGAUGCACCGAAAAGGGUGAAGUACAGAAAUAAAGUCUCCCCGCUGAACUACUAUGAGGUCAGAAGCCUUGCUGCUAUAUUUCACACUGCUACACUUCGCUGGGGCUGCCUUCCCAGAAGAUUCUGAGCCAAUCAGUAUUUCGCAUGGCAACUAUACAAAACAGUAUCCGGUGUUUGUGGGCCACAAGCCAGGACGGAACACCACACAGAGGCAUAGGCUGGACAUCCAGAUGAUCAUGAUCAUGAACAGAACCCUCUACAUUGCUGCUAGGGACCAUAUUUAUACUGUUGAUAUAGACACUUCACACACAGAAGAAAUUUAUUGUAGCAAAAAACUGACAUGGAAAUCUAGACAGGCUGAUGUAGACACAUGCAGAAUGAAGGGAAAACAUAAGGAUGAGUGUCACAACUUUAUUAAAGUUCUUCUAAAGAAAAACGAUGAUACUUUGUUUGUCUGUGGAACUAAUGCCUUCAACCCUUCCUGCAGAAACUAUAAGAUGGAUACUUUGGAACCUUUUGGGGAUGAAUUUAGUGGAAUGGCCAGAUGCCCUUACGAUGCCAAACAUGCCAACAUUGCACUGUUUGCAGACGGAAAACUGUACUCUGCUACAGUGACUGACUUCCUUGCCAUUGAUGCAGUCAUCUACCGGAGCCUCGGAGACAGCCCAACCCUGCGGACCGUCAAGCAUGAUUCAAAAUGGUUGAAAGAACCGUAUUUUGUGCAAGCGGUAGAUUACGGAGACUAUAUCUACUUCUUCUUUAGGGAAAUAGCGGUGGAGUACAGCACCAUGGGAAAGGUAGUUUUCCCAAGAGUGGCUCAGGUUUGUAAGAAUGACAUGGGAGGGUCACAAAGAGUCCUGGAGAAACAGUGGACAUCUUUCCUUAAAGCUCGCCUGAACUGCUCAGUUCCAGGGGACUCUCAUUUUUAUUUCAACAUCCUCCAGGCAGUUACAGACGUGAUUCGUAUUAAUGGCCGUGAUGUUGUCCUGGCAACCUUUUCCACACCUUAUAACAGCAUCCCCGGGUCUGCAGUGUGUGCCUAUGACAUGCAUGAUGUCGCCAUUGUUUUUACUGGGAGAUUCAAAGAACAGAAGUCUCCAGAUUCCACGUGGACACCAGUUCCUGAUGAACGAGUGCCUAAGCCUAGGCCAGGUUGCUGCGCUGGCUCAUCCUCCUUAGAAAAAUAUGCAACCUCCAAUGAAUUUCCUGACGAUACCCUGAAUUUCAUCAAAACGCACCCGCUCAUGGAUGAGGCCGUGCCCUCCAUCAUCAACAAGCCAUGGUUCCUGAGGACGAUGGUCAGAUACCGCCUGACCAAAAUUGCGGUGGACACCGCUGCUGGGCCAUAUCAGAAUCACACUGUGGUUUUCCUGGGAUCAGAGAAAGGAAUCAUCUUGAAGUUCUUGGCCAGGAUGGGAAACAGUGGUUUCCUAAAUGACAGCCUUUUCCUGGAGGAGAUGAGCGUCUACAACCCUGAAAAGUGCAGCUAUGAUGGAGUAGAAGACAAGAGGAUUAUGGGCAUGCAACUGGACAAAGCAAGCAGCUCUCUGUAUGUUGCAUUUUCCACUUGUGUGAUAAAGGUUCCCCUUGGCCGGUGUGAACGACAUGGGAAGUGCAAAAAAACCUGUAUCGCUUCCAGAGACCCCUACUGUGGGUGGGUAAAGGAAGGAGGUGCCUGUGCCCAUCUGUCACCUGGCAGUAGACUGACUUUUGAACAGGACAUAGAGCAUGGCAAUACAGAUGGCCUGGGAGACUGUCACAAUUCCUUCGUGGCACUGAAUGGGCACUCCAGUUCCCUCCUGCCCAGCACCACCACGUCCAAUUCGGCGGCUCAAGAGGGGUAUGAGUCUAGGGGAGGAAUGCUGGACUGGAAGGAUUCACCUGACAGCACAGACUCUUUGGGGGCAGUGUCUUCCCAUAAUCACCAAGACAAGAAGGGAGUGAUUCGGGAGAGUUAUCUCAAAGGCCACGACCAGCUCGUUCCUGUCACCCUCCUGGCCAUUGCGGUCAUUCUGGCUUUUGUCAUGGGAGCCGUCUUCUCGGGCAUCAUCGUCUACUGCGUCUGCGAUCACCGUCGCAAAGACGUGUCCUCCGUGCACCGCAAGGAGAAGGAGCUCGCCCACUCGCGCCGCGGCUCCAUGAGCAGCGUCACCAAGCUCAGCGGCCUCUUUGGGGACACCCAGUCCAAAGACCCCAAGCCGGAGGCCAUCCUUACACCACUCAUGCACAACGGCAAGCUCGCCACUCCCAGCAACACCGCUAAGAUGCUCAUCAAGGCUGACCAGCACCACCUGGACCUGGCUGCCCUGCCUACCCCAGAGUCCACCCCGACACUGCAGCAGAAGCGCAAGCCCAACCGCGGCAGCCGCGAGUGGGAAAGGAACCAGAACCUCAUCAACGCCUGCACCAAGGACAUGCCCCCCAUGGGCUCCCCCGUGAUCCCCACCGACCUGCCCCUUCGGGCCUCCCCCAGCCACAUCCCCAGCGUGGUCGUGCUGCCCAUCACGCAGCAGGGCUACCAGCACGAGUACGUGGACCAGCCCAAAAUGAGCGAGGUGGCCCAGUUGGCACUGGAGGACCAGGCGGCCACCCUGGAAUAUAAGACCAUCAAGGAACAUCUCAGCAGCAAGAGUCCCAACCAUGGGGUGAACCUGGUGGAGAACCUGGACAGCCUGCCCCCCAAAGUCCCCCAGCGGGAGGCCUCCCUGGGUCCUCCCGGAGCCUCCCUGUCUCAGAACGGCCUGAGCAAGCGGCUGGAGAUGCACCACUCCUCGUCCUACGGGCUUGAUUAUAAGAGGAGCUACCCCACGAACUCGCUCACGAGAAGCCACCAGGCCGCCACGCUCAAAAGAAACAAUACUAACUCCUCCAAUUCCUCCCACCUCUCCAGAAACCAGAGCUUUGGCCGGGGAGACAACCCACCCCCCGCCCCGCAGAGGGUGGACUCCAUCCAGGUGCACAGCUCGCAGCCCUCGGGCCAGGCCGUGACUGUUUCGAGGCAGCCCAGCCUCAAUGCCUACAACUCACUGACCCGGGCGGGGCUGAAGCGCACGCCCUCGCUAAAGCCGGACGUGCCCCCCAAACCUUCCUUUGCCCCCCUUUCCACCUCCAUGAAGCCCAACGAUGCGUGUACAUAAUCCCUGGGGGAGGGGUCAGGUGUCGAACCAGCAGGAAACGCUAGGCGCCCGCUCAGCUCAGCAAGGUUCUCGGCUGCUGAGUACCCACCCGACCAAGAUGGCCGCGGC